AUGAGUGAAGCUACAAAAUUACGCAAGUUCAUAGUCAGCACAUUCUCGCUCAAUGGUUUUACGAUUCAAGAGAGGGCAUGUGCGUAUUUAGUACAACAGUUAGAACCAUUAGGGUCUAGAGAAGAUCGUGAUAAAUGGUUAGACAAAAUUGUAGAUUAUGUACGCGUUUCGAGUACCAAUGAUGGAAACAUAGUGACAUACGAGUUACUGAGCAAGGCUCUUAAGUUCUGCUGUAAUUUACAAAUCCUUAAUGAUGAAGACAUAUUACAUGUGACUCCUGCUUAUAAGUUACCUCGCUAUAGAUACUGCCCAACAACAAGAAAGUUUCAAAGAAUAAAAUCAGAAAUAUCCAUGUUUGGUGAUGCCCAGUCAAAGAUUGCCCAGUAUGUUGACAGAUAUACUGUCAUCAGACAACGCAUGGCUAGAAUAAAGACUACAACUGAUGGUACUCUUAAUCAACCAUUGACAAUCGGUGACAAAAUACGUGAUGUUGAUUAUCUUUUGAGUUCAGGAGCCUGUAGAAAAUUUGAUCAUAGUUCCAAAAGUAAUUCAAUACUCCUGCUGGGUGUUUUAGUACAAUUGAAAGAAGGAGGUCGGCAUUAUUUAGAAGACCCCACUGGAGCUAUACCCCUUGAUAUUACUGCAACAGAUUUCCAAAAAGGCUAUUUUACCGAGAAUUGUUGUGUAUUGGCAGAAGGUCGUUACUGUAGUGAUCGUCGAGUUUUUUUUGUCACUAAUAUGGCCUUACCACCGUGUGAACGUACAGAAAUUAGCAAAAUUUAUUUUGGGGAAUCAAACAAUUUUAGUGACAGCAAUGAUCUCAACUUAAAAUCAUGUAAUCCAAAAUUGUUGGAAUAUGAAAAGAGUAAAAAUCGAAUGAUUGUAUUUGUAUCUGAUGUUUUUUUAGAUGAUCCGAAGGUUCUAAAAAAAUUUCAUACAUUGUUAAAUUCUUUCAAUGAUCUUGCUCCAGUGGCCAUAGUGAUGAUGGGUGACUACUUGUCUUGUCGUAUACCCUCACAUGCAUAUGCCCAAGAAUUGAAAACUCAUUUGAAUCAAUUGGGAAAUUUUUUACAUGAUAAUACACCUGUACUUUGCAAACACACUAUGUUUGUGUUGUUAUCUGGUCCUGGAGAUCGUUAUAGUGGUGCUGCAGGUGCAAGUAUCUUGCCAAGACCUUUAAUACCUGAGUUCUUAACUGAAGAAUUCCGCCGCCUAGUACCACGAUGUGUGUUUACAACAAACCCGUGCCGUAUGCAAUACUGUACACAACAGAUACACAUUAUUCGAGCUGAUGGUCUAAUGAAAAAAACUGCUAACUAUGAUAUUAGACAUAGCUCAAUGGAUCGAAACAAAUCCACUUCAGCAGCAGAGUCUGAUGAUGAUAUCAUUAAGAAUUAUAUAAAAACUUUGGAAAGCCAGUCACAUCUAAUAACUGUUCCUUUGGAUGUGUGUCCCACAUACUGGCCACUUGCAUCACAUUCCUUGAGUUUGUAUCCAAUGCCUGAUGUAGUGUGCAUAGCAGAUUCCAAUGCCCCAGAAUACAGUACUGUAGGUUCAAAUGAUUCCAAUAGCUCUAGCUCAAAAAUAUCAUCAUCAUCAGGUUGCAUAUUUUUCAACCCUUCAUCAUUUUCGAAAAAUAAGUAUACUUUUUCAGUAUACAUAACAGCUCAGCGUCAAAUUGAAGACAGUAAUUUACCAGACGAUGAAUAUGAUGCAGAUAAUACGUUAAUGGACAGUGAAGAUACUGUUGCAACAGUUGGAAACCGUCUUAAAGUUAAUUAG